GGGCGCCGCCCUGUCCCAGCUUCCUCUGCGGGUAAACAGACAUGGCCGACGAGGAAGACCCGCACGACGCUGCGCACAACAUGGGCAACCACCUGCCGCUCCUGCCUGCAGAGAGUGAGGAAGAAGAUGAAAUUGAAAUGGAAGUUGAAGACCAGGAUAGCAAAGAAGCUAAAAAACCAAACAUCAUAAAUUUUGACACCAGUCUGCCAACAUCACAUACAUAUCUGGGCUCUGAUAUGGAAGAAUUUCAUGGCAGGACUUUGCACGAUGAUGACAGCUGUCAAGUGAUUCCCGUUCUGCCACAGGUGAUGAUGAUCCUGAUUCCUGGGCAGACCUUACCUCUUCAGCUUUCUCGCCCUCAAGAAGUCAGUAUGGUGCGGAAUUUAAUUCAGAAAGAUAGAACCUUUGCAGUUCUUGCAUACAGUAAUAUACAGGAAAGGGAAGCACAGUUCGGAACAACAGCAGAGAUAUAUGCCUAUCGAGAAGAACAGGACUUUGGAAUUGAGAUAGUGAAAGUGAAAGCAAUCGGAAGACAAAGGUUCAAAGUCCUUGAGCUAAGAACACAAUCAGAUGGAAUCCAGCAAGCGAAAGUGCAAAUUCUUCCUGAAUGUGUGUUGCCUUCAACCAUGUCUGCAGUUCAGUUAGAAUCCCUCAAUAAGUGCCAGAUAUUUCCUUCGAAACCUGUCUCACGGGAAGACCAGUAUUCAUAUAAAUGGUGGCAGAAAUACCAGAAGAGAAAGUUUCACUGUGCAAAUUUGACUUCAUGGCCUCGCUGGCUGUAUUCCUUAUAUGAUGCUGAAACCUUAAUGGAUAGAAUCAAGAAACAGCUACAUGAAUGGGAUGAAAAUCUAAAAGAAGAUUCUCUUCCUUCAAAUCCAGUAGAUUUUUCUUACAGAGUAGCUGCUUGUCUUCCUAUUGAUGAUGUAUUAAGAAUUCAGCUCCUUAAAAUUGGUAGUGCUAUCCAACGACUUCGCUGUGAACUAGACAUUAUGAAUAAAUGUACGUCUCUUUGCUGUAAACAAUGUCAAGAAACAGAAAUAACAACCAAAAAUGAAAUAUUCAGUUUAUCCUUAUGUGGGCCAAUGGCAGCUUAUGUGAAUCCUCAUGGCUACGUGCAUGAGACGCUUACCGUGUAUAAGGCUUGCAACUUGAAUCUGAUAGGCCGGCCUUCUACAGUGCACAGCUGGUUUCCCGGGUAUGCCUGGACUAUUGCCCAGUGUAGGAUCUGUGCAAGCCAUAUUGGAUGGAAAUUUACAGCCACCAAAAAAGACAUGUCACCUCAGAAAUUUUGGGGUUUGACUCGAUCUGCUCUGUUGCCCACAAUACCAGACACUGAAGAUGAAAUAAGCCCAGACAAAGUAAUACUUUGCUUGUAAACAAAUAUGGUAAGGAUAAAGUUAUUUAACAAGUUGGUAUUCUAAAAAUCAGAUCUGCUUUGGAAAUUACCACUUUUGAUGCAUACCUAAGUAGAAAAGCAACAUUACAUGGAAGGUUGCAGGUUCUUAGUCAAAUUGUAUUUGAAGAUUUAAAUUAAAACAUACUAUUGAAGAGAAUGAAAGUACUAUUGAAGACAAUGAAAAGAUGGUUUUCAAAGACAAUGGUUUUCUGGAGUAUCUACUUUAGUAGCUUGGUGCCAUUACUCUGUGGACUCUGAUAUGUCUGGGAGCAUGUCAUUGAGAGGACUAGAAGACACCUCUGAAAGGGAUGAGAUUGUUUCCUGCACAAAACAUAUUUGAAAUUCCUGUAAUGUGAGGUUAAUUAUAAUGAUAUGAUCCCAAAACACAGAACAGCAUGUUUGUAUCAGCGCUCCAAAUGGCUGACGUUCCAAAAGCCAGGGUGCCAUGCACAAGUAGAUGUUCCUUUUUGAAAGAGGCAAGGCAGUGUAUAUUAAGGGCUUUGUUCCUUUAGAGCUUCUCUGAGAUAUUGUGCUUUGUAAAUUUUGAAAAUACUAAAGAGGUAAAAUAUGCAGUUUGAGCCCCAAAAUAAAGUUUUCAUUUCUUUACGUGUUCGUUAGUGAAAAACAGUAUUUUGUGUAUUUGUUCAGUGUUUGUUUGAAGUAUAACCCUGGUUAUUCUGUUCCAAGGUUUAAUUUGUAUCUAAACUACUAUGGAGCAGAGAUGCUAUUUUUUAGGCUGUUUCAUUAAAUGUAAAUUGAAGAAAAUCUGUAAGUAAACUUUAAAUAAUGUAAAAUAUCUACUCAUAAGUAGAUAAUUUAGGUGUAAGAAGUAAUUUUUAAGAUAAAGUUCUAGAUAGACUCAUUUGCCACUACCUCUUUGCUUAUACAUUCAAGGGUUUAUCCGAUCCUUUCACAUUUGCGUAAUUAACUUUGGUUUUGAUAUUCUUUCACUGCUUUGGGAAAAGUUCGACUAAUCAGAUAAAAUGUAUGAGGCCAAAAACAGACUGUUAAAUUUCUUAUGUUUUAAUUUAUCAGUAUUUUGUCUUUUACCAAACAUGCAAUGGUUUUGAUUGCCUAGACUGAAAACAUUAAUAUCGUAUUACAUAUUUAUGUAAAGAGAGUAAAUGAAAAGCAACCCAA